GUAUAUAUAUGAAGCAUGCGGGGGUUUGUCCUGAUCCAGAACUGUGCAGAUCUGCACCAGGCUGCAAACUCGCGGAUUGCAUACAGCGGCGCUUCUCUGAGCUCUCUGUUUUCAGAAGAUAAAAAGGAGGCGUUACAGCAUUGCCCAUCGCUGGUUGAAACGGAAAGAUAUCUGGCGAUCGACUCCGCUCUCCAAGACUACAAGCUGAUGAAACAGAACAUGAGCCUGAACUUGAGCGACCCUUACAGGAACCUCAAGUCCCACCUCAGAGCGGACCGGGGAGGAUUUUACACCGCAUCCCAGGACGUCGGCUCCCUAAAGCUCGCUUCCCCGGAGCUGGAGCGCCUCAUUAUCCAGAACAGCAACGGCGUCAUCACCACCACGCCGACCCCGGGGCAGUACUUUUACGCCAGGGGCAUCACGGAAGAACAGGAGGGGUUCGCGGACGGUUUUGUCAAAGCCCUCGACGAGCUCCAUCAAAUUAACCAAAUGGCCCCUCCCAACGUGUCCAUCGGUGCCGGCGGAGUGACGACGUGCAGCGCGCCUUCCAGCGUCUACGGCUCCUCCCUGCAGCCGGAUACGCCUGUUUACACCAACCUGAACAGCUACAGCCCCAGCACCAGCCUCACGGCCCCUUCCAAUUUCCCGACAGCUACGAUCAGCUACCUGCCGCAUCACCACCAUCAACACGGGACCGCGCAUCACUUCCAGCACUCGGCGCCACCCGGGCCGGCCGCCUCAGCACUUCAUCCUCACCGCCUCGUCUCCCUCAAAGAGGAACCGCAGACCGUGCCCGACUUCCACAGCAGCGACGAUUCCCCUUCGGUGUCCCCGAUUGACAUGGAGAACCAGGAGGUCAUUAAAGCCGAGCGCAAGAGGCUGAGGAACCGACAGGCGGCCACCAAGUGCCGGCGGAGGAAGCUGGAACGCAUCGCCCGCCUGGAGGAGAAAGUGAAGGCUUUGAAAUCGGACAAUGCAGGUCUUUCCAGCACAGCCACGGUGCUCAGAGACCAGGUAGCUCAGCUGAAACAAAAAGUCAUGACCCACGUUAGCAGCGGGUGUCAGCUGAUGCUAACUUCCAAGAUGCAAUCGUUUUAAAAAAAAUAAAACAAAACACAGGAACAUCACAGCAAGAAUGAAAACACUGGAUGAAAGACUUUUUUUUGUAUUCAAUGUUUUAUUGUGUAAAACAAUGCAGAAAAGAAGAAAAAAAGACUAACUUCACUGCAUUUGGUGAAACAAUAUUGUAUUGCUGUUCGAUAUUAUUAACGAGCGUCACUAGGUGUCAUUAUACAAAGGAGGGAGGUCCAGCUGAAUCGGUCACCAUGUCAGUGGGCCGGGUUGUGUGCAUGAAUUAUAUUUCAGGUACAAUGCAGAUAUUAAUGCGGCGCUUAUAAAGGGACCAGCGACUUGUAUUUUUUAAAAGGGAGAUUUUACGUUGUCGUAUUGUUACCGUACAGGCAACGUGUAGAACACUGCGUGAAAGGACGUGCAAGCGGUUUAACUAUUGCUAAGAAUCUGACUCAUUUCAGGAGACUAGUGACCGUUUAUUUGUGUCGUGUGUGUGUGUGUGUGUGUGUGUGUGUGUGUGUGUGUUCUUUUGUUUUUUUCCCGCACGAUGUCACUAUGAAUGCUGCAUUUUGAAAAUGAUUUAAAUUAUUAUUGUUCUAGGUUGAUCCUGGAUGCAAAAGUUGUAUUAACUCGACUGUCUUACGUUUGGAAAUAUUUAAUUAAAGUCUCUGAGAAAAAUUGA